AUGGCCGGAAGAGGGAAGACCCUAGGUUCUAGUGGUGCUGCCAAGAAGGCUACCUCAAGGAGCAGCAAGGCUGGCCUUCAAUUCCCCGUCGGCCGUAUCGCCCGUUUUCUCAAGGCCGGCAAGUACGCCGAACGUGUUGGUGCCGGUGCUCCUGUGUAUCUCGCCGCCGUCCUUGAAUAUCUCGCUGCCGAGGUUUUGGAAUUGGCUGGAAAUGCUGCAAGGGACAACAAGAAGACUAGAAUUGUGCCAAGGCAUAUUCAAUUGGCUGUUAGGAACGAUGAAGAAUUGAGCAAGCUUCUCGGUGAUGUUACCAUUGCUAACGGCGGUGUUAUGCCCAAUAUUCACAACCUCUUGCUCCCAAAGAAAGCCGGUACCUCCAAGGGUGCUGCUGCUGAUGAAGAAUGA